CCUCAGGCUAGGCCUAGGCCUUCGAAAAGAAAAGACAAUGAUAGGGUUUCAGGGUCGUUCGUUGCUGUCUGUCCGUCAAUCAUGUUCCUGCAUCGGGCGCCGGGAAACCUGACCACCACGAUGGGUGACGUGUCCGAGGAUAAUAUCCAUUCCACCAGCGGUUGCUUGAUUCACGCCGUCCACUUACACGUAGCAGCAACGUCGUGGAGAUGGGUCAAGCACUCUCGGAGUUGUUUCCCCCAAAGCCGAAGUGGACUGUAGACCAGAUCCCAGACCUGAGUGGGAAGGUCGCAAUUGUCACGGUAGGGAAUACAGGCAUUGGCAAAGCGACAUGCAAGCACUUGCUCCUUCACAACGCGAAAGUGUACAUGGCCUCCCGUUCCCCUGAAAGGGCGGAAGCAGCAAUAGCAGAUCUUAAGACGAUCACGAAGAAAGAUGAUAUCCACUUCAUCAAGCUUGAUCUUGCGGAUCUUGAGAAUGUAAAGGCGUCUGCAGCCGAAUUCCAGAGCAAGGAGAAGGAACUGCACAUGCUUUACAAUAACGCCGGAGUGAUGUCAUGCCCCAUGGAUAUGCUGACAACGCAGGGGUUUGACCUGCAGUUUGGGACGAAUGCCAUUGGACAUGCCUACUUCACCAAGCUACUCAUUCCUACUCUGCUUGAAACCGCUAAAACCACCCCUGGAGGGAUGGUCCGAGUCAUCAACACAAGUUCGGGUGGACAUGUCGGUGCCCCCAAAAGUGGCAUCCUCUGGGAAACGUUGAAGGAUGGACCUGAACGCAACAAGAAACUUUCCCGCACCUCCGCCUACUUUCAGUCUAAGUGGGCAAACGUCAUAUUUUCGAAUGAGCUCGCCCGGAGAUACGGCGAUCAGGGGGUAGUUUCAACUUCCCUGAACCCUGGUGCUAUUGAUACAGAACUCGCACGCUAUAUUCCUAAAUGGGCAGCACCGCUAAUGAUUCUCUUUAAAUUGCUUUUGAGCCCCGCUGACCCUAAUGGAGCCAUGACCCAGCUGUAUGCGGGAACGGCGCCCGAAACUGCUUCGGCUAACGGGAAGUAUUUUAUUCCGUGGGCACGCGAAGGGCUUCCCAGAAAAGACACCGAUAACGAAGGCGCCGAAAAGAAACUUUGGGAUUACAUUGAUGAAGUGACUGCUGGCAUCUAGAAUUUUCCAUAGCCUGAUGCGUUUUUGUUUACCUUUGCUCCAAUAUAUUAUGUAUGA